UAACAAACACGCGUGCUUCCAUCGUUAACGUUUUAAACAGAUUGAUGUGGAAAUUUACCGUUUUAAUUGACACGAAGCCUGAAUCAAUCUAAUCGUGAGAGAAAAGAGUUAUCUCAUGUAUAGUCACAUUUAAAAUAUGCCAAAUGCGCGAUUCUUGAAAAGUGAAACGCUGAGCAGUUUAUUCCAGUGUAUUAAUGUAGCUCAAUAUGAUUGAUGUGAGUGUAUAUGGAAGUCAUGCAAUGCACGCGACUGGCUUUCAAAGUAACGACGCGGUAUCAGAUGGAUAUCCUUAUUUAUCAUCAAAUCAUCAACAUCAUCCUCAUCAUUACUACCAUCAACGCCAAACAGUAACAACUGUUGAUGUUGCUAAUCCGUCGGAAUCCAGAACGAGUAAUACGCAAUCCAUAACCAAUACGGGCAACUGUAACAGUAGACCAAAUUGUGCACAGCAACAACCAUAUUCACAUAGUCAUCUAUAUAGCCCUUCUGCAUUGGAGUAUGGAAUUACUACAUCGAAUUCGCCGUCGGAUCUUUACUUCGAUAGUGAAACUCAGAAUUUAUUUUAUAACAACGGUCAAAAUUCGACUGCUCCGUUCCAACAAACAAGGAUUAUUAGUGCUGACAACGGUUUAAGUUAUACCAAUUUAGAUUAUAUGUACAGCCAACAGGAUUGUGGAGAUAGUUUAAUUAAUCAGGAAAACAAGUUACACCUUCAUCGUUACGGGACUUUUGGAUUACCACCAGUGGGCGACGGAUCUAGUGAACAUUCUGUGAAUCAUCAUUCCUUGCAAAAUACCACAUGGUCUCAUCAGUUAUAUGCCGAAAAUAGUGUACAGCAUUCACAACAGAAUUGUGCAUCUGGAUUUUCAACUACCAAUUCUCUCGAAUCACAGAGUCUGUCCACUGCACGGUUAGAAUCAGAUACUAAUAUCAGUGUUUCGGAAAAUAGCAAUAAUACGACUAGUUCCGAUAGCGACCGCGCUUUAUUACAGUUACGACAUGAUCACAUGCAGCAACAAAAUCAACAGAAUGCACCAACCUAUAAAUGGAUGCAAGUCAAAAGAAAUGUGCCAAAACCUCAACUGCAAAAGUCGGGCUCCCAAAUAAUUUCGGAAUAUCAUAUCAAUCAUCAUGUAAUUGAUCCAUUGAGAGGAUUAGCUGAACCUAAUCUAACCACCACUACAACUGCACAUCACACAAGUUUUCUGAUAAACAGUACAAGUACGGGGAGGACUAAUUUCACCAACAAGCAACUCACCGAGCUAGAAAAAGAGUUUCACUUCAACAAAUAUUUGACACGAGCUAGGAGGAUAGAAAUAGCAAAUUCAUUACAUCUGAAUGAGACUCAGGUCAAAAUUUGGUUUCAAAACCGCCGAAUGAAACAAAAGAAGCGGAUCAAGGAAGGAUUAGUACCAAAUGACGCCCAAUGUCCUUCGCCGAAACAUAACGCGGUCUCUCAGCCUGAGAGCACAGUAGGCAAACAUCCAAUAGCUGAGAGUAAUGACAAUAGUCGAGAAUCAACUACGUUAUAAUAUUUAAGUUGAAUUCUUAUGUCAGCAAACGAAUACCAAAAAAUGUACAUUCUUCUAUUCUUACCUAGCAGCACAAUGACAAAAGUUUUGUUUGUCUCUAAGUUGUGCCUGGAUAUAAAACUGACUGAUUUGAAGCUUUAAGUCAGUUAACAACUCGAAAUGACAUUGGCUAACUACCAACGGUUUGCCAUCAAUACCAGGGUUAUUUAUAUUUUUUAACUAAUAUCUAUUUUUUAUUUCAUAUGAAGCCAAACUAAUCGCCAAAAUCUUGUCAAACGAGACCGAUUUACUGUUUUUUAAUUUCGUUUGUUGCUCACGAUUUUUUUUUUAAUUUAGCCAUUAGUUGAUUGGUAUUAACAUCCAAUUUUUUCAAUAGUUACGACCUGGCAUGUACAUUACCUGAGGUAAAUGUUAUAAAUUGAAAGGAUUACUAUUUGAAUCUUUAUUUAUUGCGCAUUCCACCACAAAGAAUAGACGUCUAUUUCUUGCGUUAAAGUUGUGUAAAAAUUAACAGCCCAUUUAAAGGUAAGUGGGAUAUCACCAGUGUUCGUUUUUAUCGAUUAUGAUUCACCAUCAGGUAUCCUACUGAGUUAGACUGAAGUGAAAGCUGAUUACAUUGAGAUUUCAAAAUCUGGAAAGGUCAUAUUGUACCUCAACUCGGAUGAAGAAAUUCGAACACAUCUUUGAUACAGUGGAUGUACGUUUCUUCACAAACUCUGCGAUUCAAAUAUGAUGGUCGUGAUCACAAUCAACAUUUCAGAGUUCAUUUCAUUUUUUAUUUAAUGACCAUAGUCACAAUAGAUAGCUAUCACCGACGCCAAAGAGGCGACUCCACCAUCUGAACCCUAGAUAUCGGUCCAUCACCUCCACUCAUGGACCAGGACUAACGCUUUACUUCUCUUCCGAAGAAAGAUGUGGAUCAGAAAUUUUUAACCUCAGAAAAUUUCAACGAUCUUGGUUGGGAUUGAACCCGGACCCACAAGGGUAAAGUCACGCUUGCCACUCGACUACAGUCGCCGUUAAAAAGGCAUGAAAAGGAUUUAUGUUCUUUACCUUUGGUCAAUCAUGCUUCUGCACAACGUAUGCCUGGUGCGAGUUCCAAUUCAGAGUUUUGUCUAGGGUUUUGCUUUGUCUGUGUUAUUUAUUGUAAUUCCACUAAAAGAUAGUGAAAUCAAAUUUUGUCUUCUGUACAAAGACCGUUUUUACAGGGUACAAAUCGCGUUCCUCUUUCAAAUACCAGAUCAUACUGUAGUUCAAGGCUAAAUCAAUCCGUUCAUUUAGUACAGAUUCAUGUUUAGUACAUACGAUUAGGACUAUAUUAUCAGUAUAACAAUCUCGAAACCCAUUUUAAUUAAACCAUUGAGAAGUUCAGAACAUGAGUGAUAAAACAUAUUUGUGAGAAUGAACGUCUCUCGUGGCAGUCUGAUUGUCAUGAAUGUUAAACAACAAGAGAUACUACAUUGCCAUGCUUCAAGCAAUCUAACGUCAGUCUAAUGGAGUCGGAUAUUCCAUUCCGAAUCUUGAUGUUGAUUAAAGUACGAUUCACACGAUACAUCAGGCUUCCGUCACCGGUACCGAACGUCAAGAUUAGUUAUAUGCAGUUAAAUGGAGGCAUUCACACAACGACAUGGAACGUUUUGACGUACGACACGUGUGAACAGGCACACGAGAAAUGCAUUCAACUUAUCCUAACGGAACGGUGACUGAAGCUGAGCUGAUGUAUCAUCUGGAUCGGGCUUAAUGCUGCGUCAUACGAAUUGGCGUUGUGGAAAAGUUAUCCUCCGGGUAUUUACAUACGAUCAAUGAACCUGUAAAGGUUACUCCUUAUGUUAGGGCUUGUGUUACUCUCCAAAUUCAUAAUCAAUAUGUCAGAGUUCUUUGCCUUUUUAUCUAAUGACUAUCACCGACUCCAUUAUCUGAACCUUAGAUAUCAGUCCAUCACCAUAACUCAUGGACCGGGACAAUGCUUUCUCGGCUGGGAUUGAACCCAGACCCACUAGAGUGCAGUCACGCUGGCCACAGUCGCAGUUAAAAAGGAAUGAAAAGGAUUUAAGUUCUUUACCUUCCGUCAUUCACGCUUAUACACAACGUAUGCCUGGUGCGAGCUCCAAUUCAGAGUUUUCUGUAGGGUUUUGCUUAGUCUGUGUUGUUUAUUGGUAAAUCCACUAAAAGGUAGCGAAAUCAACUUCAGUCUUCUGUACAAUGACCGUUUUUACAGUGUUAAAAUCGCAUUCCUCUUUUAAAUACCAGAUCAUACUGAAGUUCAAGGCUAAAUCAAUCUUGAACUUCUCUCGUGGCACUCUGUUUAUCAUGAGUGCAUAGCGUGGUUGGAACAUAAAGGGUAUCAUGGUUCAGCGUAAUCCUCUCUGUAUCGCACUCAUGUGGAAUAUGAGAUCCUUCACAUUUCAUCAAUUCUCAUGCUAUACAUAGUAACGCGUCGGAUCUUCUAAAAGUGUGUAGCAUUCUGGUUGGUAUUGUAUUGCGCAUCAUGCAAAGCGAACAUAAGCUUUAAAACACAGUCAGAUGAAAAAAACAGACUCGAAAUAGUGGGCUUAGUCUGUGUUGUUUAUUGGUAAAUCCACUAAAAGGUAGCGAAAUCAACUUCAGUCUUCUGUACAAUGACCGUUUUUACAGUGUUAAAAUCGCAUUCCUCUUUUAAAUACCAGAUCAUACUGAAGUUCAAGGCUAAAUCAAUCUUGAACUUCUCUCGUGGCACUCUGUUUAUCAUGAGUGCAUAGCGUGGUUGGAACAUAAAGGGUAUCAUGGUUCAGCGUAAUCCUCUCUGUAUCGCACUCAUGUGGAAUAUGAGAUCCUUCACAUUUCAUCAAUUCUCAUGCUAUACAUAGUAACGCGUCGGAUCUUCUAAAAGUGUGUAGCAUUCUGGUUGGUAUUGUAUUGCGCAUCAUGCAAAGCGAACAUAAGCUUUAAAACACAGUCAGAUGAAAAAAACAGACUCGAAAUAGUGGGCUUAGUCUGUGUUGUUUAUUGGUAAAUCCACUAAAAGGUAGCGAAAUCAACUUCAGUCUUCUGUACAAUGACCGUUUUUACAGUGUUAAAAUCGCAUUCCUCUUUUAAAUACCAGAUCAUACUGAAGUUCAAGGCUAAAUCAAUCUUGAACUUCUCUCGUGGCACUCUGUUUAUCAUGAGUGCAUAGCGUGGUUGGAACAUAAAGGGUAUCAUGGUUCAGCGUAAUCCUCUCUGUAUCGCACUCAUGUGGAAUAUGAGAUCCUUCACAUUUCAUCAAUUCUCAUGCUAUACAUAGUAACGCGUCGGAUCUUCUAAAAGUGUGUAGCAUUCUGGUUGGUAUUGUAUUGCGCAUCAUGCAAAGCGAACAUAAGCUUUAAAACACAGUCAGAUGAAAAAAACAGACUCGAAAUAGUGGGCAGAGUUAAGUUGAAAUCUCUUUUCUAUCCAGACGUCAAGAGCAUAUGGAAUAUGGAAUAUGAGAUCCUUCACAUUUCAUCAAUUCUCAUGCUAUACAUAGUAACGCGUCGGAUCUUCUAAAAGUGUGUAGCAUUCUGGUUGGUAUUGUAUUGCGCAUCAUGCAAAGCGAACAUAAGCUUUAAAACACAGUCAGAUGAAAAAAACAGACUCGAAAUAGUGGGCAGAGUUAAGUUGAAAUCUCUUUUCUAUCCAGACGUCAAGAGCAUAUGGAAUAUGGAAUAUGAGAUCCUUCACAUUUCAUCAAUUCUCAUGCUAUACAUAGUAACGCGUCGGAUCUUCUAAAAGUGUGUAGCAUUCUGGUUGGUAUUGUAUUGCGCAUCAUGCAAAGCGAACAUAAGCUUUAAAACACAGUCAGAUGAAAAAAACAGACUCGGCGAAGUACUCAAUUGAAUUCAAUGGUAAUUUACAUGAUUCUCUCAACCUGUUUAUGUACACUCUAUGCUCUAUAUUAUUUCAUCCAUUUUGUUUGGCAAGGUUCACAUGUUUAUUCAGCUUUCGAGGGAGUAGUACAUAAGAUAACUUUCGGCAAAAUAUAAUAACUACAUUCUCAAAUAGAACAAUAUCAUUGCCAAUUAGUACAAAUUAUGAAUCAGUUUCAGUUCAUUUCAGUUCGAGCUCACGUCCAUUCAAACUACACUAGUUUUUCUAUCAAUCAAUUCUUUAUUUCAUUGAUACACUUUACACUUCACUUACUUAAGAUUAUACUAUUUUUUUUUAUCUUAAAAUACGUUUAUUUAGGCCCAAAUGCUGUAGCUUAACGAGGCCGAUAAUUCAUUUUUUUUAUAUAUUACAUGUCACAUGUUAGUGGGGGAAGGGAAAGCCGUAUUUAGGGGCGGCUUGCUCCCCUCUUAUGUAAGUAAAGGAAAAAGGUAGGAAGUGGGAUACAUAUUGUGUAAUUGACAUCGUCGUUUGCUGAUUGAUCAUUGUGGCGGAUAUGCACACUUUGUUGUAGUGUUGUAGUUUCCAGCCUGUAAUCGCAGGGGCGAGGGGAGGGUCGAUAUUUCGGAUAAUUAUUGGCACUCUAUAUCAUCUGCAUGUGCGGUAUGUCAUGAUGUUCUGGAUAGACGGUUAUCAAGAAGAGUGUGCACCGAAGACUCGUGAAGCAAUGCCAUAUUGUAGAUACAGGGAUAGGUUGGUGAGAUUCUACUGUGAAUGAGAGAGGGUAAAAUGUAUUAAACUUGGACAUCAAUGGUUUUCAAAAAGAUAUAGAUAAGAAAAAUAUAGGGGUGGUCACGGCUUGCCAGGACGUCCCGGACUGGCACAUAGGGUGAUCUACCUCGGGCCCGAAGGGAAUCUAUUAGUUGGGACCUGGCAACACAGUACUCUGCGCACAGCCAAACAACAUGCUCGAUGUCGUGAUAGCCGUUCUCACAAACACAAUGAUUAUUUUUAGCAAGCCCUAUACGACGGAGAUGCGCGUCAAACGAGUAAUGGUUGGUCAUGAUCCUUGACAUCGUACGAAUAAAGUCCCGGUUCACAUCCAACCCCUUAAACCAAGCAUUCGUUGAUACCUUCGGGAUAAUGGAAUGUAGCCACCGUCCCAGAUGCCCAUUGCUCCAUGAGGUUUGCCAAUUAUCGAGCGUCCUCUGACGAGAGAUACUGAAAAAUUCGUUGAAGCAAAUUGGUCUUUCGUAAGUGUCGCCUUCUAAUGCGCCCACCUUGGCUAAAGAGUCCGCCUUCUCAUUGCCCGCAAUAGAACAAUGUGACGGGACCCAAACCAAGGUAAUCUGGUAAGAUUUUUCAGAUAAAGCACUCAGAUAUUCCCGUAUUUUCCCCAGGAAAUACGGUGAGUGCUUUCCAGGCUUCGCCGCACGGAUGGCCUCAAUGGAGCUGAGACUAUCCGAAACGAUGAAGUAAUGGUCUGAGGGCAGGGUGUCAAUGAUCCCGAGAGUAUACUGAAUGGCAGCUAAUUCUGCGACGUAAAUUGAAGCAGGAUCAUUGAGUUUGAAUGAGGCAGCAAGAUUUUCGUUGAAGAUACCGAAGCCUGUGGACCCGUCGAGAAUUGAUCCGUCAGUGUAGAACAUUUUGGCGCAGUCGACUUGAUGGUAUUUGUUAU